AAGAUGAGUCAAGAGAUCUUCGGAAUUUGGAGAAGACAAGAGAAACUGCUGCAUUGUUCAUCACAUUUCGUCAAGGCUUUGCAAAUGCCUACAAAUCUUUUUUCAAGAUGUUUAAAACUAUCUGAGAUAUGGACGAACUGAUUCUAGAGGAAAGCAAUCAGAAGAAAUCUCAGAGAUUGUAUUGUGGUAUCUCCCGGCAAUCGAUUUUCAACUUCAUUGUUGUUGUUGGACUGCUUCUGUUGUGUUCUUCUGUAAUUUUCAAGUUCCAGCAAAUCGACAUCAAGCUGAAAGGACUUUCGUCUGAUUUCCAGACGCCAGAUCAGGAAAAAAAGUCCGAAGCACUGUCGCUGACUACUAGUUGUGACAUUCAAUGCGAACAGGGAGUACCAGGACCGCCCGGUCCACCUGGACCAAAGUGUGAACCAGGUGAACAGGGAGUACAGGGACCGCCCGGUCCGCCUGGCCCACCAGGUGAAAGGGGACAAAUUGGACCGCAAGGUGGAAGGGGACCAAAUGGACGGCAAGGUGCAUGGGGACCAAGUGGACCGAAAG